AAUGAAGAGGAAGCGGAAAAAUACAAUUACAAUUCUAGAAUUAUGAAAAUUCAAAUACAGAUGUCCGAGCGAGCUGUGGAAUUAUUGUCAUUACCAAAAAACAAUAAAUGUUUGCUAUUAGAUAUCGGAUGUGGAACAGGUAUGAGCGGAAGUGUAUUAAAUAAAGAAGGUCACCAUUGGAUUGGGCUCGACAUUUCUCCAGCUAUGCUAAAUGUAGCUAUGAAAUGCAACAGAAAAGGAGACUUAAUUUUAUCUGAUAUUGGACAAGGCAUUUCGUUUUGUGCUGGAUGUUUCGAUGGUGCAAUUAGCAUUUCAGUUCUGCAAUGGCUCUGCAAUAGCGACAAGAAAUUACAUAUUGUUAAAAAAAGAUUACAAGUAUUCUUCCGCACACUAUUUUCAAGUUUAUCUACGCACGCACGAGCUAUAUUCCAAUUUUACCCUGAAAACAAUGAACAAGUAAAUGUCAUCAUAGCUGAAGCUACAAAAUCUGGUUUUUUUGGUGGAACUGUUAUAGAUUUUCCAAAUAGUACAAAAGCCAAAAAAAUUUUUUUGGUAUUAAUGACUAGUAACUGUAUAUAUUCAUCAAAUCCGUUAAUGAAAACACGUUAUCCUGACCAAGAAAAUAAUCCAAUAAGAAAAUUGCAAAGCAGAAAUAAGAGAUCCUUGAAGUGCCACAAAAAUUGGAUUUUAAAAAAAAAACAAAAGUUCCGAAGACAAGGAAAAUUUGUCAAAAAUGAUUCAAAAUACAGUUCACGUAGAAGAUGUUUAAAGUUUUAGAAUAUGUUUAAUUAUAGAUUUAUAUUUCUUUUGGAAAUUUUAUUCUUAUAUAAUCCUCAUAACUGAAACUUUUUAAAAUAUAAUAUUAAACUUUACCUUCUGCGAUUUAAUGUUUAACAUGGAAUCUUCAAUUACGAAAAAUUUACCCGUGAGCCAUUUAAGAAAAUUCCAGCUCAAGGCGCCACGUCAACAAAUUAUUUAGGUGGUUAAUAUCAGACGGUGCAUUCGCUUUGCUGUUACAGUAGUAAUGGACUUGUUACCACCUUGACUCACAAAACAACCUGAAAUUAUUUAGGAAAUACGUGCACAUGCAUGAAAUAAACAGGCACCCACGUACCCUUGAUUCAAAUGAUUACAACUUCCGUCCAACAUAACGCUUUCGUAUUUUUAGUACCAGUCACUCAAAUGCCGUGACAUGCCGCCUUAGAAUAUUAGUAUUUUCAUUCUGUAUAUAUAUAGAGUGUAAAAAAAUAAUAUAUAAAAUAUCCUCUACUUACUCUCUCCUUUAAUCUCUCUUUGUCUUUCUCUCAGGUAACAUAAUAAAAUACUACAAUCAACAUAAAAAUGUUCGCAACUAAAUUAUAUGUAUCACAAAUUUGAUAGACGACGUAGUUUCACAUAGAUAAAAUUAGUGAUGCACUAUAAAAUUUGUAAGAUAAAACAUAUGAAAUGCAUUAUAAAAGUUGAAAAAAUAAAAUGAGGUCGAGCAAAAGCAUAUCAAAGCAGUGCGGAAUCAUUCAACGUGAGAAAUGCAUAAAUCAUGCAUAUUUAUAGUAAAAACCAUGAAAUACGUGGGUAUCAUCUCAGUGCAAGAAGUUGGAACUCAGUCUAAAAAUGAGAGACGAAGAAUAUUGUGUUUCUUUCAAAUACUAAACUUUUCACUUUCAAUGAUCGGAUACAAAUCUUCUAAUCACUCACUACUAAUUCUAAAUAACUCAUAUAGAUUCAAAGAACCAAAACCAUGACUUAGAUUUUUCUAAAUCUUUAAUAUAUUCAUCUGUAUAAAAUUUAACGAGAUACAUAGUUUUUUAUUUUUCCUAGAAAUUACGAUUAGUAUUGAUAACAUUUAUAUUUUGUGUUACGUCUUGUUUUUAUGUUAUUUUAUAAGGAGAUAAUUCAUGUAUCCACGUGAAUA